AACCAUGCGAGUGCCGUGGACAGAUGUACACAAAUUUCUCAAAGUGACUACGUUGUCAAUCAACAAUCAUUCAGCCAAUCGAACGCAUCGAUGGACAGAAACAUGACCCAGGCCAGUGGGUCGAUGACUCAGAAUGGUAUCACUACAAAUACUACCAGCUCCCAGACGUCUGCGGCUAGUCAAAUGAGCAAUUACAAUAAUAUGACAACUUUCACGCAAGGUUCUAACGGUCAGGGUUCAAACAGCGCGAGCAGCUCUAGUUCGAGUUCGAGUAGUUCAAGCAGCAGCAGCAGUAGUAGUAGCAGUAGUAGUAGUUCCAGCUCCAGCAGUUCCGGUGGUAACAAUCAAUAUAAUAAUCAAGGAUCUGGUGGACAAUGGAACAACCAGAACCAGGGAUCUAGUGGUAAUAAUCAGUGGAAUAAUCAAGGAUCUGGUAACAAUAAUCAAUGGAACAAUCAAAAUCAAGGACAAAAUAACCAAUGGAAUAACAAUAAUCAAGGUCAAAGCAACAACAAUCAGUGGAAUAAUCAAAAUCAAGGACAAAACAACCAGUGGAGCAAUCAAAAUCAAGGGCAAAAUAACAACAACCAAUGGAAUAACCAAAACCAAGGUUCUAACGGACAGUGGCAAAAUCAAAACCAAGGAUCUGGAGGAAACAAUCAAUGGAACAACCAGAAUCAAGGUCAAAGUAGCAACAACCAAUGGAAUAAUCAAAAUCAAGGUCAGAAUAAUCAAUGGAAUAAUCAAAACCAAGGCCAAAGUAGCAGUAACCAAUGGAAUAAUAACAAUCAAGGACAAAAUAACCAGUGGAGUAAUCAAAACCAGGGUCAAAAUAAUAAUAAUCAGUUCAACAACCAGAAUCAGGGUCAAAAUAAUCAGGGACAAGACAAUAGUAACCAGUGGAGUAAUCAAAACCAAGGUCAAAAUAAUCAAUGGAACAACCAGAAUCAAGGUCAAAAUAGUAACAACCAGGGAAACAAUAGUAAUCAAGGACAAAACAACCAAUGGAGCAACCAGAAUCAAGGUCAAAAUAGUAACAACCAAGGAAACAAUAAUAAUCAAGGGCAAAACAAUCAAUGGAGCAACCAGAAUCAAGGUCAAAAUAGUAACAACCAGGGAAACAAUAGUAAUCAAGGACAAAACAACCAAUGGAGCAACCAGAAUCAAGGUCAAAAUAGUAACAACCAGGGAAACAAUAGUAAUCAAGGACAAAACAACCAAUGGAGCAACCAGAAUCAAGGGCAAAAUAGUAACAACCAGGGAAACAAUAAUAAUCAAGGGCAAAACAACCAAUGGAACAACCAGAAUCAAGGUCAAAAUAACAACAACCAAUGGAACAAUAAUAAUCAGGGCCAAAAUAAUCAAUUUAGCAACCAAAAUCAAGGUCAAAAUAACAACAACCAGUGGAACAACAAUAAUCAGGGCCAAAAUAACCAAUGGAACAAUCAAAAUCAACAAUCGAACAGUAAUACUCAAUGGAAUAACCAGAGUCAAAGUGAGAGUCAUCAAACAAGCACGCAAACACAAAACUCUACCAGUACCAAUCAAUGGAAUAAUCAAAAUCAGGGACAAAACCAAGAAUUUAACAACCAGAAUCAAGGCCAGAACAGUAAUAAUCAAUGGAGCAACCAGAAUCAGGGUCAAAACCAACAGUCGAACAAUCAGAACCAGGGAUCUAAUAAUAACAACCAAUCGAGCAAUAAUAUUCAAGGCCAAAAUCAGCAAACUAAUAAUCAAAAUCAAGGAUCAAAUAGUAACAAUCAAAAUCAAAGUCAGAACAACAAUAACAACCAAGGCUCAAAUCAAAACCAGAACCAAGGGCACAACAACAACAGUUCAAAUCAAAGCUCCAACAACCAAAACAAUCAGGCGUCCUCCGGAUCAACGCAAACAAAUGAAAGUAAUCAACAGAACACAACGAAUAAUCAACAAUCUUCUGGAAAUCAAGACAUCAAUACUCAGAGUCCUACUUCUUCUACCACUAUUGCUCCACAAACAACUUCCACGGAAGCUCCACUAGAGGCUAGUUCCACAACGAUAACAACGACCACUGCCACUACUCCAGAAAUGCAAUCUACAACAAUGACCACUGCUGAACAGAUGACAACAACUACAUCUACUGCUGCUCCAACUGCUCCAACAGCUACUACUCCCGCAACAACACAAUCAAUUACAACUGAACCAACAACACCUUCUACUCCUAGUACUCCGUCGUCUACAGAAGCAGUUUCCUCAACACAGUCCCCUAGUAGUGUAACUUCUUCCCAGAGUGUACCAACUAGCUCUGAAACACCGGCUACUACACAAAGUACAACUAGCACAACUACCACAACCACACAAACCACAUCAUCGUCUAGUAGCACCGCUACCGAACCAUCCACAAUGCAAGUUACCACUACAGAGGAACCUGCGAAAACAACUACUGUUGCUUCCUCAACAACACAAACUCCUACCACACUGGCACAAAGCACACAAUCAUCUAGUGCUAGUGAAUCUACUACUACACCGCCACACACUACACCAACACAAGUUUCGGAAGCGUCAGUCACACAAACAUUCAUAAACACAACAACAGAAUCUAGUCCGGAAACUUCAUCGGUUGAAAGUUCCGAAACAACUUCACCCACACAAACAACCACACCACGUGAGGAGUCACCCAUGACUACCGUCACUGUACCCGUAGAAAAUCGCCCAGAAAUUACCGAAUCUACCACACUCACACCUGAAACAACACAACACAGUGAAAACAAUACACAAGAAACCUCUACACAACAUUCCACUACCCAUUCUUCUAGCACACAGGAACAAUCAAAUACAGAGCCAUCGACGACAACAGUCGCUGAAGCAAGCACAAAGGAACCCAGCACCGAACAAUCCACGGUGACGGAAGAGUCCACCACACUUACCGUACCUACGCAAGAAACAAGCACUCUCUCGUCUUCAACCACAACACAAUCUACACCAGCUCCUACGGAAGCAAACACUACACUUGAAAACACAACCACACCAGAACCCACCACUACACAAACAACCACCACGAGUCCUUCGGCUACUGCUUCUAGUUCGGCAGAAACGAGCACAGAAGCACCAACUACACAACCGAUACACACUACACAAUCAUCUACAGCAUCUUCUUCCAAAGAACCAACAACAACCACACAAGCUACACCUUCAAGCACACAAACAACCACAAUGCUCACAACAAUCGUUAUGCAAAGUACUCAGUCCACAACCAAUCUCUCUUCUUCAGCACAACCAUCAAGUACUACGCAGGGACCGUCCACUGCGUCAACCACCGGCAGCUCUGGCUCUACCACUAGUAGCCAACCAUCAGCAUCUGGACCUGCUCCUGCAUGUACAGAGGAUGGCUUCAUGGGUGAUCCGAACGAUUGUAAGAAGUUCUACCGUUGUGUCUCGAAUGGCAAUGGUCAAUUUACGCGAUACGAAUUCCGCUGCGGAGAUGGAACUGUAUGGGAUGAUAGUGCUGGCAGUUGCAACCAUGACUGGGCCGUACAGGAUGGACGAUGCGGUAAGACAAAUGGACAAGGAUCGGGACCACAGGGUGGAUCUCCGAACGGGCCUACUGAAAAUGGCAGUGGACCUACCAGCACGAGUAAACCAACCGAGGGGCCAAACGGUCCAAAUGGACCAGAUGGACCAAACGGUGUACCAAAUGGACCUGAUGGAGGACCAAAUGGACCAGAUGGACCAAACGGAGGGCCAAAUGGACCAGAUGGACCAAACGGUGGACCAAAUGGACCUGAUGGAGGACCAAAUGGACCAGAUGGACCAAACGGAGGGCCAAAUGGACCUGAUGGACCUGGUGGACCUAAUGGACCUGACGGACCUAAUGGACCUGACGGACCUAAUGGACCUGAAGAACCAACUGAAUCUAAAGGUCCGGAUGGACAAAAUCAAACAAACGGACCCGAAGAAUCCACUACUGCCGGACAACAGUCAACUACAGUUCCACCGUGCCAAACUACCACCACCACCCAAACGCCCUCAGUACCUGCAGGAAGUAACGGUGUAUGCGAACAAGAAGGAUUUAUGGAACAUCCAACGAAUUGUAAAAAGUUCUAUCGUUGCGUCGACAACGGCAACGGUGGAUACGAUCGUUACGAGUUCACCUGCGGUCCCGGUACCGUUUGGGAUAAUGACAUUCUUGCCUGUAACCAUCCAACAUCGGUCCAAAAUUCCAAAUGUGGAACUGGAGGAGAAACGGCAUCCUCUCAGCCUCCGGGUAGUUCGUCUGGUCCAGGAAAUACCUAUCUGCCUCCAGCACAAUCCUCUACCGAAUCUAUGCCAAGUACUACGGAGCAAGCAAUGAGUAGUCUGGAACCGGAAUCUCUUACCACAGGUGCUACAGAGGCAGCUAGUCAGGAAACAACUAGCGGUACAAGUAGCACAACGGCAUCACCAGAAUCAGCAACUUCAACUUCCGAAGCACCCAAGGAAGAAACUUCGUCCUCCGCUCAAGAACAAACUACAGAAACUCAAAGUCAAACAGAAGCUUCCAAGGGAGAAACCACAGCAAACUCUCAAGAGCAGACAACCGAGUCCCAGAGUCAAACAUCCACUACCGUGGCGGGAGAUUCCUCCACCACGCCUGAAGGUGCUACCGAGACUUCAACAAUGCCCUCAUCGGAAGGAUGCGAUUCGGAAGGAUUUAAGCCUCAUCCGACCAACUGUAAGAUGUUCUACCGCUGUGUCGAUAAUGGCAAAGGUGGUUACACGAAGUACGAGUUCACUUGCUCGGAGGGCACAGGUUGGGACGAAAGCAAACAAGCAUGUAACUACGAGUACGAAAUUCCAAACUGUGGUGCUGACCGUCCACCAGAGCCAGAACCCGAGCCAAGCGGUACGGACAUGACGACUGGAAGCAGUGAUGGUACCACCGCUGCAACAGACGCUACAACGACACAAGCACAAACAGAUGGUACUACUUCCGGUCAAGAGACUACAACUGCCAAGCAAGACACGACGACAGCUCCAGCACAGGAAACCACUACGACUCCGGCAGAACAGCAAGCAACAACUACAACAGAGGCCAGCCAAGAAACGACCACAGCUCCCAGCGAUUCAACUACCGCUGCUGCAUCGACUCAGGAAACGACGACCACCACCGGACAGGAAAUGACUACAUCCGGCGAAGUGGCAUCUGAAAUGACAACUGCACAGGGUCAGGAAACGACCACCUCUGCUAGUGAAAUGACUACCGAAAACUCGCAGCAACAGACUACUACUAUGAGUAGCUCCUCUUCUUCGGGCGAAUGUACUGAGGAAGGUUUUAUGGGUAAUCCGGACGAUUGCCGCAAGUUCUACCGCUGUGUAGACAAUGGCAAGGGUGGAUACAAUAAGUAUGAUUUCACUUGCGGCGAAGGUACCGCAUGGGAUCAGGCACUGCAAACAUGUAAUCAUGAGAAUGUUGUUGAAAUGUGCGGCGGACAGACAGGUAACACUAGCAAUAACACUAAUCAAACACAAUCAUCAUCAACAACAACCACAACCACAUCUACUACUGCUUCUACUACUAUUUCCACUACUACUACUACUACCACACAAGCUCCUUCCACCACCACUACUACUACCACACAAGCUCCUUCUACAACCGCUUCUACCACUAGCACCACCCAAACACCCACUACCACCACUACACAAAGCACAACCUCCACCACCUCCACCACCACCACUUCCUCCGCACCUUCAUCAACAACUUCAUCAUCAACUUCAUCAUCUUCAUCAACCACCCAAAGCAUGCAAUCCUCGUCCGAAUCCACCACUGAACGCAUGAAAGCUUCUUCAUCCUCCACAACGCCUGUCAACUGUACGGAGGCUGGAUACUUUCCGAAUCCGGACGACUGUACCAAGUUCUAUCGCUGCGUUGACUGGGACGGUAUGGGUGAAAACUUUUCCGUCUUUCACUUCGACUGCCCCGAGGGUACCAUUUGGGAUCCCGCUGUAAAUACCUGCAAUCACGAGGACAGUGUCCAGCCACCCCGCAAUUGUUCCAAAUCUGCACCAGCGGAAACAACUGAAUCGAACGCUGAAUCAACCACCUCUGUUACAGAAGAACCAGGCUCUACGACCGAAGCCGCCCAAAUGACGACAGCCCAGCAAACGGAAGCAACGACUGCGGCCAGUAGCCAACAGGAGACGACUACCGAUUCUAUGAGUUCCGAAACGACGGCUGCCGGGAAGGAAGAAACCACAACUCAGGCACAAAUGAUGACUACCACAGAGGGAACGGGCCAGGAAACGACAACAGCGGCCGCGCAAGAAACUACCGAAGCAACCACGAUGACUGAAGCAUCCCAGGAAACUACCACCGCGGCAACGAACGAGACAACAACGAUGGCUGCCCAGGAAUCUACUACGAUGGCUGCACAGGAAUCCACCACGAUGCCUGCUCAAGAGACAACAACAAUGGCUGCCCAAGAAUCAACUACGACGGCCGCUCAGGAGACAACGACAAUGGGUGCCCAAGAAUCUACUACGAUGGCCGCUCAGGAAACAACGACAAUGGCAGCACAAGAAACGACAACGAUGGCCGCUCAGGAGACAACUACAAUGGGUGCACAAGAAACGACGACAAUGGCUGGUCAAGAAUCUACCACAGCCAGUGGCCAACAGGAAACAACUACAGCCUCUGGUGGUGAGCAAGAGACGACAACCAUGGCACAAUCUGAGAUGACCACCGAAGCUGCCGGGCAGGAGCAAACAACCGAGGGUAUGGAAUCGACUACGGAACCAGCUUCCCAGGAAUGUCCAGCAGGGUGCAUGAGCUCGUGCCCACCAGUCGAUGAGGAUCAGGAACGUUUCGUGUGUCCGACCGGAUUCAAACGUCACCCGAAGAAUUGCAACCUGUUCUACCAGUGUACGGAGAAACCGAACAGCUACGACUACAGCAUCGUCGUGUUCAGCUGUCCAAAUGAUACCGUUUAUCAGGAGGAUCGAACACAGUGUACAGAACCUGCUGAGGGAGAUGAUCGUUGCAAGGCAGCUAAUCUGCGAUCACAGCUGCGUAACACGCGCCAGCUGCCAGUAAUGCAGCUUGGCUCAAUGGAACCGCUCUGUCCAACCGAUGGCCAUUUCGCGAUCGACGAUCAAAAGUGCAGCUCGACGUUCCUGCGCUGUACCCAAGGACGGUCUGGCCUUCAGCCGAACAUGUACCGCUGUCCGAAGGGUUACGUUUACUGGCGAGUUAGCCGUCGCUGUGAACGUGUCCAGAAGAUCCCCGAGUGUCAAACGACACCGAUGCAGGAACGCUCGGAACUUCCGGUCGAAUGGAUCAACAUCGGCAAUCGACGCCGAAGCUUGUUCUAGAGAUGAAAGCGUUGAGUUUUCGGGGAGCAAACACGCUCCGGCUGCCAUAAUUCUUCAUCGUGUUCCAGAAUCCUUCUAGCUGUUUUCUUUCCUUGGUGCAAACUAACUGCUCAACGUUAGUGAGAACUGGUGCCAGUGUGGGUGGGUGUUCGGUGUUGGGCUGUUUCGGACCACACCUGAACCACCGAAACCCCCGUCCUGUGCAGCUGUGACACCCAGUUUUAGUCAGCGAUAAAUGUUUCAAGCACUCCAUAGCUAACCUGGUUGCGAUCGGUAGCAGUCCGGUGUCCGAUCGUUGACAAUAUACAAACUACGCUAGGUAUACUAGAUUUUAGGUUCUAGCAGUGUAAGUGUACGUCUGAUGCACGGCAGUGUAAAUAAUUCCAUCGCAAAAUUCAUCAGACGACUUGGUUUUGUGAGAGGUUUGUGAGAUUUCGACGAAAAGAAAAAAAAACUCCAGAAAAAGAGGUCAAAUUUAACCCUGAUUACUCUCCGGUUCACUGUCACACAUCUCAACCAACAGUGUGGCCAGGAUCGAUUUCGUUCUACAGGAUUGUUCCUGCCGCACACAGUAGUUAGACACUUUGCAAAAAUGAGCUUUAACCGAGGUUGUUCCCGGAAAGUUUUGUACCAUUGUUUUCGCAAAGCAAGUGACGGUGAACCACUGAGCAAUCGCAUUGUAGCGAUAUACUAUUUUUGCAUCACGUACGAACGAUUUAAGUGUAUUAGGAUAGUAAACCGUGCGCUUCUACAGCGGUGCAUGUGCAAAACAAACGAAACAGGUAUAUCGAAAUAAAGCUGCUGUAAUUUAUUGUA